AUGACUGUUGCUGUCACCACGGACUCUGCCCGGCAGAACAGCAGGAGCCAGAGCAGCAGCAACGGCUGCACCGACCCCACAGAUAUCAGCUGUCCGGCCAGCAGGUGCGGGCUGCAGCUGGCCGCCAGCCUGGGGCAGAGCUGCCUGCAGUGCGCCGGCACCGAGGGGGGCCGCAGCCAGCGCAUCGUCUACUCCUGCCAGCUCUGCCCCUUCGCCUCCCACUACUCCAGCCACCUCAAGCGCCACAUGAAAACACACAACGGGGAGAAGCCGUUCGCGUGCCCGCAGUGUGCCUAUGCCUCUGCCCAGCUGGUGAACCUGACCCGACACCUGCGCACGCACACCGGGGAGAAGCCCUACCUCUGCACGAGCUGCAGCUUCGCCUGCAGCAGCCUGGGCAACCUCAAACGCCACGAACUAGUCCACAGCCAGGACAAGCCCUUCCAGUGCGCUGCCUGCGACUAUCGCUGCAACCAGAGCCGCAACCUGAAGCGGCACAUGCUCAGCCACCGCCUGCCUGCAGGCGAGGAGCCACACCAGCGGGACAAGGACCCAGGGGGCACCGGCCCCUUCCUGCCCGGCUGCACUCGGCUGCGGGGUGAGGAGGCAGCUGCGCUGCCCGAGCUGCUCUUCCCCUUCACGUGCCGCAUGUGCGGGCUGGUGCUGGACGACGGGUUCGCGCAGGAUGAGGGCCUGGCUGAGCAGGUCUGUGGGCGCUGCAGCCUGGCGGUGCUGGGCACCGAGCCGGGCGCCAGCCCCCGCAAGGCCACUGGGGACAAAGGCUUCGCCUGCAGCCUCUGCUCCUUUGUCACCCACUACCCCAACCACUUGGCACGGCACAUGAAGACGCACAGUGGGGAGAAGCCGUUCGUCUGCCCACUCUGCCCCUACGCCUCUGCCCACCUCGACAACCUGAAGAGGCACCAGCGAGUGCACACCGGCGAGAAGCCCUACAAGUGCCAGCUCUGCGACUACGCCUGUGGCAACCUGGCCAACCUCAAGCGUCACGGGCGCAUCCACUCUGGCGACAAGCCCUUCCAGUGCAGCCUCUGCAGCUACAGCUGCAACCAGAGCAUGAACCUGAAGCGGCACAUGCUGCGACACACGGGCGAGAAGCCCUUCCAGUGCCGGGACUGCUCCUACACCACUGGCCACUGGGACAACUACAAGCGCCACCAGAAGAUCCACGGCCACACGGCUGAGAGCUGGGUAAACCCGCGUACUGCCAAAGCCCUCCUGGCCCCUCCAGCCGUGGGCACAGCCCUGCCCUGAGACAGCACUUAGCCCGGCUGCGGGGGCGCCCAGCCCUGCGUCGGGCCGGGGUGCCUCAGCCCUGGGGCACCCAGCCGCAGCCCCUGCCCUCCCUGGGGGAGGGACGGGCAACAGACUCCAUGGGGGGCUCAGGGCUGCCUUACGUAGGGCCUGCGGGCGCUCCGGGGUCUCCAGCA